UUUGGUUCGAAUCUUGAAAUUUUGAGGUGAUAAGACUUAGAAAGGUAGCUAAAACACAAGUGAGCCAUGAAUAAUAAUGUUAUUGAGAAUGGAACUGGAACAAAUAACCUUACCACCAUCGAAGAGCAGCUACAGCCUUUAUUAGAUGAUCAUCAGUUACCAGGUACCCAGGAAAAACCGCGAAAAACACCAGCUCAGAAGGUCAUGCGAAAAACAUUCAAGAGAACAGCACUCUUAGCCAAUCUCCUCCCAACAGGCUCAGUCCUGGCGUUUAAUAUUUUAUCUCCUGCAUUCACGCAUGAAGGAACCUGUCCUACCGUUGUCAAUAAAACCUUGACUCUAGUCCUUUUAGGCCUCUGUACCGUCUCUUGCUUCUUUCUUUGCUUCACGGACAGCUUCAGGGACGAAAGAGGGAAAGUCCGGUAUGGAAUUGCUACAAUCAAUGGGUUGUGGAUUGUUGAUUGUUCGGUGAAGGUUCCUCCUGAGGACGGAGAAAAGUAUAGGAUCCGAUUUCUUGAUUUUGUCCAUGGCUUCAUGUCGAUGCUGGUUUUUGGAGCAGUGGCAUUGUUUGAUCAGAAUACAGUAAAGUGUUUAUAUCCAAUGCCAACAGAAGAAGAGAAGGAGCUACUCGCGACAUUGCCCCUUGCAGUAGGUCUCAUUUGCAGCAUGUUCUUUAUUUGUUUUCCAAGCCAGCGGCAUGGAAUUGGAUUUCCCCUUUCUCGACAUUAG